AUGCACACGGCAUCGCCCGCCAUUACAGCGUCGUGUUUGGAGCGCCCGGGGCCCUCGCGCCUGACCUGGAACUAUGACCAUGGUCCAGACCUCACCUGGAACUAUGACCAGGGUCUAGACCUCACCUGGAACUAUGACCAUGGUCUAGACCUCACCUGGAACUAUGACCAUGGUCUGGGCCUCACCUGGAACUAUGACCAUGGUCUAGGCCUGACCUGGAACUAUGACCAUGGUCUAGGCCUGACCUGGAACUAUGACCAUGGUCUAGGCCUGACCUGGAACUAUGACCAGGGGCUAGACCUCACCUGGAACUAUGACCAUGGUCUAGGCCUGACCUGGAACUAUGACCAUGGUCUAGGCCUGACCUGGAACUAUGACCAGGGGCUAGACCUCACCUGGAACUAUGACCAUGGUCUAGGCCUGACCUGGAACUAUGACCAUGGUCUAGGCCUCACCUGGAACUAUGACCAUGGUCUAGGCCUGACCUGGAACUAUGACCAUGGUCUAGGCCUGACCUGGAACUAUGACCAUGGUCUAGGCCUGACCUGGAACUAUGACCAUGGUCUAGGCCUGACCUGGAACUAUGACCAUGGUCUAGGCCUCACCUGGAACUAUGACCAUGGUCUAGGCCUGACCUGGAACUAUGACCAUGGUCUAGGCCUCACCUGGAACUAUGACCAUGGUCUAGGCCUGACCUGGAACUAUGACCAUGGUCUAGGCCUGACCUGGAACUAUGACCAGGGGCUAGACCUCACCUGGAACUAUGACCAUGGUCUAGGCCUGGGUCUUGUGCAGCAGCUGAGGAUGUGUUCAUAA